ACUUCGAAUACUAUUGGCUUUUUCUUUUACCACCUUGCGAAGAAUCCAGAUAAACAGCAAAUCUUGUAUGAAGAAAUAAAGAAAUUGCUUCCGAAUAAAAAUGACAAAAUAACUCCGGCUAUCUUUGGCGAACUCCGAUAUCUGAAAUCGUGCUUGAAGGAAGCUAUCAGGUUAGAUCCCAUAGUGAGAGGAAACGCACGAACUUUGGAUCAUGAUGUUGUUAUAUGUGGAUACAGAAUUCCAGCCAAUACUAUGAUAUUCUGUAUUUUACAUGUGAUAUAUAGAGACGAAAAGUACUUCAAGGAUGCUGAUCAGUACAAACCGGAACGUUGGUUGAACAAAGAGGAGAAGCUGACUAAUCCAUAUGCUUUUCUUCCCUUUGGAACUGGUGUAAGAAGCUGCAUUGGUAGAAGACUAGCUGAACUGGAAAUGAUUUGUAUUGCCACAGAGAUAAUAAGAAACUUUAAAGUAGAAUAUCACUAUGAAGAUAUUGACAUGUAUACGAGAAUGGUCAAUUGUCCAGACAGGCCACUGAAGUUUACUUUUAUAGAAAGAUGAAGGAUAUCUUGGACAUUUCUUGAGUGUAAAAGAAGUAUUUGAGAGUAUACUAGACUGUCUUGAAUUAUUCACUAAUAAUAAAUUUUCUUUCUUUGUACUUUAAUAUACAGAUAACAAAUUCCAAGUACUGACUAUUGUUCUUCAUACCAGCUCACUGAUAUAAAUAAAUCUGCGUAUAUUGUUAUUAAUAAAAGAAUUCUUACUCUAUCAUAAAUAUAAUAAUGAAUAUUAUAUUUUAUAUAAUAUUGUUCGAAAGAAGAUCUAUGCUUGUUUAAAUUAUUUCUGUAAAACACGUGAAGACUAUCUGCCCAGGCGCAAAGAAUGCUUUUGCGGUUGUUAACUGUUAGUUAUUCCCAAUACAUAUUACGAAAACCAUGAAAAGUUUAUUCAGUCAGCCUGUUCGCUGGUAUCUGAAGUUGGGUCGAACUACCAGGGCUCAACUGUCUUAUACACUGGGUUGCUGGUGAUUCUGCGAAACAUCAAAAGAAAUUUUUUUAAAGAUAAUUUUAGAAGUUUGUUCUUUAUAUUCAGCUAACUAUUAUAAUUAUGAGAAAUACUCAAAAUUUCUUGUAUAUGAAGUAUCGCAUUUGAAACUGAUUACUUUAUUUCUUUCUUUGUCAUGACGUAUACAUGAUAAAAAUUUUCUUUUUCA